CUGUUGCACCAGAGACUUCGGCUGGCUCAUGGAGAGAAGAAAGGUUUUAGCUUUGGGGUUUUUUUUUAGGCUUUUUCUUUAGUCUUUUAAGACCCAAAAAAUCAGACCUUGCCCGGCAAGGAAAUUUUGCAUUUUUGAUUUUAUACAAUUUCUGAAAAAAUUCAGAUUCGAAUCCUGGAUCGGGUUUUCUUGUCGGGUCGGGUCAAAUUCCGGGUCUUUGAGGUGAUGAUGAUGAUAAGGCAAAAUCAAUACUGGGUGUGUUGUGAGCUAAAAAUGGGAGGGAAAGAGAGAGAGAGAGAGAGAGAGACAAUGGCGUCCACAGGAAUGGCGAAAUCCAAGGGGAGUUUAUGCCUCACCCUCUGCAGAAAUCGAUCACAUCCCUUGAGACUCCAAUUUCAUUUCUCUCAUUCGCGUUUGAACCCAGAAGAAGACGAAGAAGACGAAGAUUCAUAAAAUUCGAGCCUCUGACGGUUUUGGUGUUUAUACGAAUAUCGAAAUCACCGUCUUCUCGAAAAGUCUUUAUAGCUCCGUCGAUCGGGGUUUGCGGAAGUUUUAUCCGUUUCUCAGAGCGAUUGAGGGAGCUACAUCCACAGAUUUACGGGAUGGCUGAAAUCGUGGUGGAUUCUCAUGUUUGGGUGGAAGACCCAGAAAGAGCUUGGAUUGAUGGGGUUGUACUUAAUAUUAAGGGUGAUGAAGCAGAGGUUAAAACUAAUGAUGGCAGAGAGGUCAUUGCUAACUUAUCAAAACUCUAUCCAAAAGACACUGAAGCUCCUUCAGAGGGAGUAGAGGAUAUGACUAGAUUAUCUUAUCUCCAUGAGCCUGCAGUUCUCGACAAUUUGGCUACCAGAUAUGAGCUCAAUGAAAUUUAUACUUAUACAGGAAACAUUCUUAUUGCCGUCAAUCCCUUUCAAGGACUCCCCCAUCUCUAUGAUGCUGAGGUUAUGGAAAAGUACAAGGAAGCCUCUUUCAAAGAGCUGAGUCCUCAUGUUUUUGCAGUUGGUGGCAUCGCAUAUAGGGAAAUGAUUAAUGAGGGCAGAAAUAAGUGUAUAUUGGUCAGUGGUGAAAGUGGGUCUGGAAAGACAGAAACAACUAAGAUGCUCAUGCGUUACCUUGCAUACUUUGGAGGGCAUUCUGCAGCUGAAGGAAGGACAGUUGAAAACCAAGUUUUAGAAUCAAAUCCAGUUCUCGAGGCAUUCGGAAAUGCGAAGACUGUUAAGAACAACAAUUCCAGUCGUUUUGGUAAAUUUGUGGAGAUUCAAUUUGAUGACGUGGGUCGAAUAUCAGGGGCAGCCAUCAGAACUUACCUUUUGGAGAGGUCACGUGUUUGCCAAGUUUCAGAUCCUGAACGUAACUAUCACUGCUUUUAUCUCCUGUGUGCUGCUCCUCCUGAGGAUGUUGAGAGGUUUAAAUUGGGAGAUCCUAAGUCAUUUCGCUAUCUUAAUCAAUCUAGCUGUUAUGAACUUGAUGGUGUAAAUGAUGCAGAAGAGUAUCUUGCUACUAGAAGGGCUAUGGAUGUAGUUGGGAUAAGUGAAAAAGAACAGGAUGCAAUUUUCAGAGUUGUGGCUGCCAUCCUCCAUCUUGGAAAUAUUGAAUUUUCGAAGGGAGAAGAUGCUGAUUCAUCAUCUCUAAAAGAUGAACAGUCAAUGUUUCAUCUCCAAAUGACAUCAGAACUGCUCAUGUGUGAUCCCCAUUCCUUAGAAGAUGCUCUGUGUAAGCGUAUAAUGGUCACCCCAGAAGAAGUUAUCAAGAGAAGUCUUGAUCCUCUUGGCGCUGCCGUUAGCAGGGAUGGUUUAGCAAAAACAAUAUAUUCUAGACUCUUUGAUUGGUUGGUAAACAAAAUAAAUAUCUCUAUUGGGCAAGAUUCUCACUCUAAGCGCUUGAUCGGAGUCCUUGACAUUUAUGGGUUUGAGAGCUUCAAAACCAACAGUUUUGAGCAAUUCUGUAUUAAUUACACGAACGAAAAGCUGCAACAGCAUUUCAACCAGAAUGUAUUUAAAAUGGAACAAGGUGAAUAUCAGAAAGAAGAAAUAGAUUGGAGCUAUGUGGAGUUUGUUGAUAACCAAGAUGUCGUGGAUCUGAUUGAAAAGAAACCAGGUGGUAUCAUUGCUCUUCUAGAUGAAGCAUGCAUGCUCCCAAAAUCAACUCCUGAAACAUUUUCUGAGAAGCUGUAUCACACAUUCAAGGAUCAUAAGCGCUUCAUGAAACCAAAAUUGACUCGAUCAGAUUUUACAUUAGUUCAUUAUGCAGGGGAUGUUCAAUACCAGUCCGAUCAAUUUUUAGACAAAAACAAAGACUAUGUUGUUGCUGAGCAUCAGGACUUGUUAUACGCUUCCAAAUGUUCUUUUGUGUCAGGCCUCUUUCCUCCUCUUCCUAAAGAGAGUAGCAAAUCUAAGUUUUCCUCAAUUGGCGCUCGUUUCAAGCUACAAUUGCAACAGCUGAUGGAGACACUGAACUUUACGGAACCCCACUACAUCAGAUGUGUUAAGCCAAACAAUUUGUUGCAACCAACAGUGUUUGAUAAUGCCAAUGUCUUGCAUCAAUUACGCUCUGGGGGUGUUCUUGAGGCCAUUAGAGUAAAAUGCGCUGGAUAUCCAACAAAUAGGACUUUCAUUGAGUUCUUGAAUCGAUUUGUCAUUCUUGCACCGGAAAUUCUGAAAGGAGAGUAUGAAGCAGAUGUUGCAUGCAAAUGGAUUCUGGAGAAAAAGGGGCUUACAGGUUACCAGAUUGGAAAAACUAAAGUUUUCCUGAGAGCUGGUCAGAUGGCUGAGCUAGAUGCACACAGAACAAGAGUGCAUGGCGAAUCAGCGAGGAUGAUACAGGGGCAAGUCAGAACUCGUUUGACAAGAGAACGGUUUGUUCUCAUGCGGAAGGCUUCAGUUAAUAUACAGGCUAAUUGGAGAGGAAAUCUUGGACGAAAGAUAUCCAAAGACAAGAGAAGGGAGGAGGCUGCCAUUAAAAUCCAGAAAAACUUACGUAGACAGAUUGCUAUCAAAGAUUACGGGAAGACCAAAUCUUCCGCACUCACCUUGCAAAGUGGAGUUCGCACAAUGGCUGCACGUCAUGAAUACCGUUACAAAUUAAAGAAUAGAGCAGCAACUGUGAUUCAGGCAUAUUGGCGUGGUUAUAGUGCUAUAUCUGACUACAAGAAAUUGAAAAAAGUUUCUCUUGUAUAUCAAAGUAAACUCAGAGGAAGAAUUGCCAGAAAACAGUUGGGACACUCAAAGCAGGCUGACAAAAAAGAAGAGACAGAAAAUAAAAGAAAGGUGGAAGCUUCCAAUAGAGCAGAAGAGGCAGUGCAUUCAGAGCCAAGUGAUGAUGACGAGAUAGGACAUAGAAAGACAAAACAUUCCAUCGAAGGACAAGAUGGACUUGAGAAGACCUUAGGAAUGCAUUCAGAUCAAAGUGAUGAUGAAGAGAUAAGACAUGAAAGAAAGACAAAACAUUCCAGCGAAGAGGAAGACGACGAUGGAAUCGAGAAGUCCUUUGCAAUGCAUUCAGAUCAAAGUGAUGAUGAAGAGAUAGGACAUGAAAGAAAGAAAAAACAUUCCAUCCAAGCAAAAGAUGGAAUUGAGAAGUCCUUUGGUCUUGAUUCAGAGAAGUCUUACAACACCUUUUCUGUUGUUAGCCAAAUAACGGAUCCUAUUCGUGAUACAGAAAUGGAAUCCCUCACUGCAGAAGUUGAAAUGCUGAAGGCCUUGUUGCAAGUUGAGAAACAAAGAGCUGACAUUUCCGAAAGAAAAUGUGCUGAAGCCCGAGAACUUGGGGAGAGAAGACGUAAAAGAUUAGAAGAAACAGAAAGAAGAGUUUACCAACUACAAGACUCUUUGAACAGGUUGUUAUAUUCUAUGUCGGACCAAUUCUCGCAACUUAAGUCCAUCUUGAGAUCUCCUUCUAUGUCAACUUCAACAAUGGCCUCAGCGCCAGUUGUGCGUGAUGAUCUUGGUGACAGCUCUGAGAACUCUGAAGCUUCAUCAAGUGAUUCCGAUUUCACUUUUCCUGCUCCAUCUCCUUCCCCAGACAAUUUUUCGAAUUUUAACCCAAAUCAGCUGCAAGUCAUUGUUCAGGAUCUCUCAACCACAGAAGCGAAAGAACAAUAAUAUUGCAGGAACAGAGAACUAUGACAGUGAUAAAGAAGGGGGCUUUGAAGAUUACUUUUGAUGAUGCAGCAGGGUUUUGAUCUCUUCACCAGAUAUUUGGAGUGCUUAUAAUCUCUUUACUCCAUUGUUGUGCCACAGGGCAAUUGUUUUAGUGUUUUCACUUAGAUCAAACUUCAUGUUUUAGUUUCCUCAGGAGUAGAUGCUGCAAGAACUAUGUAGGGUCAUCAAGAUAUGUCAGGUUCCAUGUGUCUUAAUGCAUUACACAAGCCAUGUUUGUUACUUCAACUAAUACAAUUGUUGCUGAAUUUCAGAAAUACUAAUUUGCUCUCAUUUGUCAUC